CAUUGGCUCAGAUGCCACCGUCGCCACGGCAACGCGGCCAUACUGGGCCCAACGGAUUGAGGGGGCUGGGGCUGUGACGGUGGAGGCCUCGUGGGCAGAACUGGCAGCAUGGACAGCCUCUUUGUAGAGGAGGUGGCCGCCUCCCUGGUCAGGGAGUUUCUCAGCAGAAAGGGCCUAAAGAAGACAUGUGUGACCAUGGACCAGGAACGCCCUCGCUCUGACCUCAGCAUAAACAGCAGAAAUGAUCUCCGGAAAGUUUUGCAUCUUGAGCUUCUCUACAAGGAGAACAAGGCAAAGGAAAAGCCUCUAAAAACAAGCCUUGAACUCAUUACUAGAUACUUUUUGGAUUACUCUGGAAAUGUGGAUAAAAAUUUAAACCAAGAAACUCCAAUCCCUGCACUCUCAAUUCCAAAGAAAGAUAACAAAUUGCUGGCAAGAUGCUCAGAGACCACGCUGGUGAAUAUAUAUGACCUUUCAGAUGAAGACACAGGUUGGAGAACAUCACUGGCAGAAACAAGCAAGGCCAGACAAGACAGUCUUGAUGGAGAUAUACCUGGUAAUUUAUCAUGCAAAAGGCCCCCACACAAGAGUAAGCCUGGGCACAUAGUACCAGAUGGAAGCACCCCUUUGGCAUCUGCAUGGGAGAAGGUGGACAAGCUGCACUUGCUGGAUCCUUGCACUGAUGUGAAGAAGGCAGGAGAGAAGGCCAGACCCAAGUCUGGCCUGAUUUUCCGAGGGAUGAUGGCUGGACCCAUGGACAGUUCCUCACAGGAUUCUUUCCACAAACGCUCUCUGAGAUGGUCCCUGACCUCAAGCAGCAAGACUCAACGCCAGGAGGAAGAGAACCCCAUGGUGCCUGACCUCUCUGGUGGCACCCCAGCACGUCUAGCCCCACAGGUGGUCCCUGCUUCCAGUAAUGACUCCAUCUCCAGGAGCCCCCUAGGCCAGCUUAGCGAACCAUCCAAGGAAAAGCAGAAAACCACCCCCAGCAGCCCUUCCCACCUGCCCAGCAAAGGGCUGCUCCCACGAGAUAGAGCACCAUUCAGAGGUCUUUCAGGGGAUGAGCCAGCAGUGGAUGGCCACACAGAGGGGGAGAGGAUUUCCCCGAAGUUGUACUUGCCUGGUGGAAAUCCCAGGGUGAUCCAAGAGAGGCUGGAAAGAGCGUUCAAGCAUCAGGGCAGCCAGCCCUCACCUCUCAGAAAGAGUCAAUUGCCAGCGUCUGACAAGGUGGAUGAUGAGCUGGGUGCCCUGCGGCUCGAGGACGUGGAGGAUGAGUUAAUAACGGAAGACAUCAUCCUGGCCCCAGCUCCAUCAAUGCUCAAGCUGCAGAUAGUGUCAAAGCCAAUUGACCUCUCAGCAGCCAAGGAAAUCAAGACCCUUCUGUUUGGUUCUACCUUUUGCUGCUUCAAUGAGGAAUGGAGGCUUCAGAGCUUUUCCUUUAGUGACAUACCCUCAUUGAGAUACGGCAUCGUGCAGAGCAAGGGUGGCCCCUGUGGGGUGCUGGCGGCCAUCCAAGGCUGUGUGCUGCAGAAGCUCCUGUUUGGAGGCGAGAGUGGAGCCAACUGUGCUGUGCAGCUGCAGCCUUCAGAUGCCCUUCGCACCCGCUGCCUGGCCCUGGCCAUUGCAGAUAUCCUCUGGCGGGCUGGGAGCCGAAAGCGAGCUGUGGUCACCCUGGCUUCUGGAACACAGCAGUUCAGUCCAACAGGGAAAUACAAAGCAGAUGGAGUCUUAGAAACACUCAUGCUCCACAGUGUGACGUGCUAUGAGGAGCUGGUGACUUUUCUCCAACACACUGUGCAUCAGAAUAGUGCAAUUUACAAAGACGACAUCCCUUUGGGCAGCGCAGCCCACUUCUCCCACUGCACCCUGAUCCUGCUCCUGCUCCAAACCUGCUCUCUGCUGCUCUCCCUGCAUGUGUUCGAAGUGGGCCCCUACGGAUGCAUCCUUCUUACCCUGUCUGCCAUCCUUUCCAGGUCCUCGGAGCUUGUCCGCCAAGACUUCGACGUCCCCACCAGUCACCUGAUUGGAGCACAUGGAUACUGCACACAGGAACUUGUCAAUCUGCUGCUGACUGGGAGAGCUGUAUCCAAUGUUUUCAACGAUGUGGUGGAGCUGGAUUCUGGGAAUGGAAACAUCACACUCCUCCGAGGCAUUUCGGCCCAAAGUGACAUUGGUUUCUUAUCCCUCUUUGAGCACUACAGUGUGUGCCAGGUCGGCUGCUUCCUGAAGACCCCAAAGUUCCCCAUCUGGGUGGUGUGCAGCGAGAGCCACUUCAGCGUCCUCUUCAGCCCGAAGCCUGAGCUCCUCUCCGAUUGGAGGGCUGAGCGGCUCUUUGACCUGUACUACUAUGACGGCCUGGCCAACCAGCAGGAGGAGAUCCGGCUGACUGUUGACACCACCCGGACCAUCCCUGAGGACAGUGGCAAGGACCUCAUCCCUCCUCUGGAACUCUGCAUCAGGACCAAGUGGAAGGGGGCUUCGGUGAAUUGGAAUGGCUCAGACCCCAUCCUGUGACCCUGGAUGCAGCUAAGGUUAUGGCUCCAUGCUCAUCCCUGGGGUGACCCCUGAGCCCCAGGCCUCGGGGGAAGUCUCCAGGAAGAGUUCACCCCCACCUGAGCCAGCACUGCUACAACUGAGCAGAGCCUUCCUGCUCCUCCUAUGCAGGUUCACCAAGGCUGAAACAGGGGCCUCCCUGCGGACCCUGACUGCCAAGGAUGGGAAAGAAGCCACCACCAACUCUGCUGCCUUUUGUUUGCAUCCUUCCUUUAUUCCCUACCCUUGGCAAGGUCUCUGAAAUGGUUGGCCCUGGAGACCCAGAGCACUGGUUAUUUCUGGUAGUUUUCUGUAAAGCAAGAGUCAAACCACACUGAA